AAACCAACAACACCACCUACGACCGAUAGAACAACUAUACCUAGUACAACUAUUCCUAGUACUACACCUACAACCAAACCAACGACACCACCUUUGACCGAUAGUAUAACUAUUCCUAGUACUACACCUACAACCAAACCAGCGAAACCACCUACGACCGAUAGUACAACUAAACAUAGUACUUCAUCUACAACCAAACCAAGGAUACCACCUACGGCCGAGAGUACAACUAUUUCUAGAACAAUACCUACAACCAUACCAACAACACCACCUACAACUGAUAGUACAACUAUUCAUAAUACUACACCUACAACCAAACUAACGACACCACCUACGACCGAUAGUACAACUAUACCUAGUACUACACCUAUAACAAAACCAUCGACACCACCUACGACCGAUAGUACAACUAUACCUAGCACUACAUCUACAACCAACCCAACGACACCACCUACGACUGAUAGAACAACUAUACCUAGUACUACACCUACAACCAACCCAACGACACCACCUACGACUGAUAGAACACCUAUACCUAGUACUACAUCUACAACCAAACCAAGGAUACCACCUACGGCCGAGAGUACAACUAUUUCUAGAACAAUACCUACAACCAUACCAACAACACCACCCACAACUGAUAGUACAACUAUUCCUAGUACUUUACCUACAACCAAACCAACGACACCACCUACGACCGAUAGUAGAACUAUACCUAGCACAAUACCUACAACCAAACCAACGACACCACCUACGACCGAUACUACGACCGAGAGUACAACUAUUCCUAGUACUACAUCUACAACCAAACCAACGACACCAUCUACGACUGAUAGUACAACUAUACCUAGUACUACAUCUACAACCAAACCAACGACACCACCUACAACUGAUAGUACAACUAAUCAUAAUACUACACCUACAACCAAACCAACGACACCACCUACGAACGAUAAUACAACUAUACCUAGUAGUACAAUUAUACCUAGUACUACAUCUACAACCAAACCAACGACACCAUCUUCGACUGAUAGUACAACUAUACCUAGUACUACAUCUACAACCAAACCAACGACACCACCUACAACUGAUAGUACAACUAAUCAUAAUACUACACCUACAACCAAACCAACGACACCACCUACGAACGAUAAUACAACUAUACCUAGUACUACUACAACUAUACCUAGCACUACACCUACAACCAAACAAACGAUACCACCUACGACCGAUAGUACAACUAUACCUAGUACUACACCUAUAACAAAACCAACGACACCAACUUUGACAGAUAGUACAAUUACAUCUAGUACUACAUCUACAAUCAAACCAAGGAUACCACCUACGCCAACGACACCACCUACGACUGAUAGAACAACUAUACCUAGUACUACAUCUACAACCAAACCAAGGAUAAAACCUACGGCCAAGAGUACAACUAUUUCUAGAACAAUACCUACAACCAUACCAACAACACCACCUACAACUGAUAGUACAACUAUUAAUAAUACUACACCUACAACCAAACCAACGACACCAUCUACGACCGAUAGUACAACUAUACCUUACAACUAUUUCUAUACUACACAUAAAAUCAAAUCAACGACACCACCUACGACCGAUAGUAAAACUAUUCCUAGUACUACACAUACAAUCAAAUCAACAACACCACCUAUGACCGAUAGUACAACUAUACCUAGUACUACACCUACAACCAAACCUACGACCCCACCUACGACCAGUAGUAAAACUAUUCUUAGUACUUCACAUACAAUCAAAUCAACGAUAUUACCUACGACCGAUAGUAAAACUAUUCCUAGUUAUAUACCUACAACGAAGCCAACGAAACCAAUGACGACUGAGAGUACAACUAUUUCUAAUACUAUACCUACAACCAAGCUAACGACACCAUCUACGACCGAUAGUACAACUAUUUCUAGUACUAUAUCUACAACGAAGCCAACGACACCAAUUACGACCGAGAGUACAACUAUACCUAGUACUACACCUAAAACCAAACCUACGACCCCACCUACGACCAGUAGUAAAACUAUUCCUAGUACUACACAUACAACCAAACCAACAACACCACCUACGACCGAUACAACAACACCACCUAUGACCGAUAGUACAACUAUACCUAGUACUACACCUACAACCAAACCUACGACCCCACCUACGACCAGUAGUAAAACUAUUCCUAGUACUUCACAUACAAUCAAAUCAACGAUAUUACCUACGACCGAUAGUAAAACUAUUCCUAGUUAUAUACCUACAACGAAGCCAACGAAACCAAUGACGACUGAGAGUACAACUAUUUCUAAUACUAUACCUACAACCAAGCUAACGACACCAUCUACGACCGAUAGUACAACUAUUUCUAGUACUAUAUCUACAACGAAGCCAACGACACCAAUUACGACCGAGAGUACAACUAUACCUAGUACUACACCUAAAACCAAACCUACGACCCCACCUACGACCAGUAGUAAAACUAUUCCUAGUACUACACAUACAAUCAAAUCAACGAUACCACCUACGACCAAUAGUAAAACUAUUCCUAGUACUACACAUGCAAUCAAAUCAACGAUACCACCUACGACCGAUAGUACAACUAUUCCUAGUUAUAUACCUACAUCGAAGCCAACGAAACCAAUGGCGACUGAGAGUACAACUAUUUCUAGUACUAUACCUACAACCAAUACAACUAUUCCUGGUAUUACACCUUCAACCAAACCAUCGAAACCACCUACGACCGAUAGUACAAGUAUUCCUAGUAUAACACCUACAACGAAGCCAACGACACCACCUACGACUGAUAGAACAACUAUACCUAGUACUACAUCUACAACCAAACCAAGGAUACCACCUACGGCCGAGAGUACAACUAUUUCUAGAACAAUACCUACAACCACACCAACAACACCACCUACAACUGAUAAUAGUACAACUAUUUCUAGUUAUAUACCUACAUCGAAACCAACGAAACCAAUGGCGACUGAGAGUACAACUAUUUCUAGUACUAUACCUACAACCAAGCUAACGACACCAUCUACGACCGAUAGUACAACUAUUUCUAGUACUAUACCUACAACGAAGCCAACAACACCACCUACGACCGAUAGUACAAGUACAACUAUUCCUGGUAUUACACCUUCAACCAAACCAACGAAACCACCUACGACCGAUAGUACAAGUAUUCCUAGUAUAACACCUACAACGAAGCCAACGACACCACCUACGACUGAUAGAACAACUAUACCUAGUACUACAUCUACAACCAAACCAAGGAUACCACCUACGGCCGAGAGUACAACUAUUUCUAGAAUAAUACCUACAACCACACCAACAACACCACCUACAACUGAUAAUAGUACAACUAUUCCUAGUUAUAUACCUACAACGAAGCCAACAAAACCAAUGACGACUGAGAGUACAACUAUUUCUACUAAGACAGAGAGUACAACUUUUUCUAGUACAAUAUCUACAAACAAACCAACGACAUCAUCUACAACUGAUAGUACAACUGUUCCUAGUACUACACCUACAACCAAACCAAAAACACCACCUAUGACCGAUAGUACAACUAUUCCUAGUACUACAACUACAACCAAACCAAAGACACCACCUACGACCGAUACUACACCUACAACCAAACCAACAAAGGAUAGUACUACUAUUUCUAGUACUUCACCUACAACCAAACCAACAACACCAUCUACGACCGAUAGUGUAACUAUUCCUAGUACUACUCAUACAACCAAACCAACAACACCACCUACUACAACACCUACAACCAAACCAACCACACCACCUAUGACCGAUAGUAAAACUAUACCUAGUACUACACAUACAACCAAACUAACAACACCACCUACGACUGAUAGUACAACUAUACCUAGUACUACACCUACAACCAAACCAACCACACCACCUAUGACCGAUAGUAAAACUAUUUCUAGUACUACACAUAAAAUCAAAUCAACGACACCACCUACGACCGAUAGUAAAACUAUUCCUAGUACUACACAUACAAUCAAAUCAACAACACCACCUAUGACCGAUAGUACAAGUAUUCCUAGUAUAACACAUACAACGAAGCCAACGACACCACCUACGACUGAUAGAACAACUAUACCUAGUACUACAUCUACAACCAAACCAAGGAUAAAACCUACGGCCAAGAGUACAACUAUUUCUAGAACAAUACCUACAACCAUACCAACAACACCACCUACAACUGAUACUACGACCGAUAGUACAACUAUACCUAGCACUACACCUACAACCAAACCACGGAUACCAGCUACGACCGAGAGUACAACUGUACCUAGUACUACACCUACAACCAAACCUACGACACCACCUACGACAGAUAGUACAACUAUUCCUAGUACAAUACCUAUAACAAAACCAACAACCGAUAGUACAACUAUUUAUACUAACGACACCACCUACGACCGAGAGUACAACUAUACCUAUACAACUAUUCCUGGUAUUACACCUUCAACCAAACCAUCGAAACCACCUACGACCGAUAGUACAAGUAUUCCUAGUAUAACACCUACAACGAAGCCAACGACACCACCUACGACUGAUAGAACAACUAUACCUAGUACUACAUCUACAACCAAACCAAGGAUACCACCUACGGCCGAGAGUACAACUAUUUCUAGAACAAUACCUACAACCACACCAACAACACCACCUACAACUGAUAAUAGUACAACUAUUUCUAGUUAUAUACCUACAUCGAAACCAACGAAACCAAUGGCGACUGAGAGUACAACUAUUUCUAGUACUAUACCUACAACCAAGCUAACGACACCAUCUACGACCGAUAGUACAACUAUUUCUAGUACUAAACCUACAACGAAGCCAACAACACCACCUACGACCGAUAGUACAACUAUACCUAGUACUACACCUACAACCAAAUCAACGACACCACCUACGACCGAUAGUACAACUAUACCUAGUAUUACACCUACAACCAAACCAACGACACUACCUACGACCGAGAGUACAACUAUUCCUGGUAUUACACCUUCAACCAAACCAACGAAACCACCUACGACCGAUAGUACAAGUAUUCCUAGUAUAACACCUACAACGAAGCCAACGACACCACCUACGACUGAUAGAACAACUAUACCUAGUACUACAUCUACAACCAAACCAAGGAUACCACCUACGGCCGAGAGUACAACUAUUUCUAGAAUAAUACCUACAACCACACCAACAACACCACCUACAACUGAUACUUUAUGA